ACUUGACCAGGCUGGGCUUUAAUGUUUUGAUGACAUGGGCAGUCACUUUAUCAAAAAUGUUGAGAUUGUUUAAUAUAUCUCAUCAAAUCAACCUUUUCUGAAAGACCGAGAGUGCCCAAAUGUGUGAGAUUCAUAGCCCGAAACGAGGCGACCAUAUUUAUGGAACGUGAUUAAGCGAAGACGGAAGAAGCUCGCAGUGAAUGUGAAUGCUCUCGCUUUCUUGAGCUGUUGGACUUUCCGUCGCGAGCUCAGCAGAAUCGCCUGCCUGCUCUCACGAGGGGAGCCAGCCCAGUCUUGUCAGCGCGCGGCUGUGUGGUGGAAGAUGGCGCUAGCCGAAUGGAAAUCCUAAUGACAGUCUCCAAAUUUGCCUCUUUUUGUACCAUGGGCGCCAAUGCCUCUGCACUGGAGAAAGAGAUUGGAUCUGAACAGUUUCCGGUCAAUGAGCACUACUUUGGCCUGGUCAAUUUCGGGAACACCUGCUACUGCAACUCGGUGCUGCAGGCUCUAUAUUUCUGCCGACCGUUUCGGGAGAAGAUUUUGGCAUACCGGAGUCAGCCUCGGCGGAAGGAGAACCUGCUCACCUGCUUGGCUGACCUCUUCCACAGUAUCGCCAACCAGAAGAGGAAAGUGGGUGUCAUACCACCCAAGAAGUUCAUCACACGACUACGCAAGGAGAAUGAGCUGUUUGACAACUACAUGCAGCAGGAUGCCCACGAGUUCCUGAACUACCUGCUCAACACCAUCGCAGACCUACUUCAGGAGGAGAGGAAGCAGGAGAAGACCAAUGGCCGCCUUGCCAACGGCACAUUGGACUGUCAGAACAACAACAGUAACGCCACACCCGCUCCCACCUGGGUCCAUGAGAUCUUCCAAGGCACUCUGACCAAUGAGACGCGCUGCCUCACCUGCGAAACAAUAAGCAGUAAAGAUGAGGACUUUCUGGACCUUUCUGUGGACGUAGAACAGAAUACCUCCAUCACGCACUGCCUCAGAGGUUUCAGUAAUACAGAGACACUCUGCAGUGAGUACAAAUACUACUGUGAAGAAUGUAGAAGCAAGCAGGAGGCACACAAGAGGAUGCGCGUAAAGAAACUGCCAAUGAUCUUGGCUUUGCACCUAAAGCGCUUUAAGUACAUGGAGCAGCUGCAGCGCUACACCAAGUUGUCCUAUCGCGUCGUCUUCCCCCUGGAGCUCCGCCUCUUCAACACCUCCGGGGACGCCACCAAUCCUGAAAGGCUCUACGACCUGGUCGCCGUGGUGGUGCAUUGUGGGAGUGGUCCAAACAGGGGUCACUACAUUGCCAUUGUGAAAAGCCACGACUUCUGGUUGCUGUUUGAUGAUGACAUCGUGGAGAAAAUCGAUGCACAGGCUAUAGAAGAAUUCUACGGUCUCACUUCUGAAAUCUCCAAGAACUCUGAGUCGGGCUACAUCCUCUUUUACCAGUCCAGGGACUAAAUGUGCUGCAGCCGAGCGUCUCGACACAGGAAUCAGGAGAAAUGCUCUGUUCCCUAUUUGUGGGGAGCGGCGGACCACAACACGCCACAGCAGCCCGCACGGGUGUCAUGCCUGCCGGUGCAGCUGUAAUUCAUACUUGUGCUUUUACGCACUCAGCGCUGCAGCUCAGGCAUGGAAGCCUCCCCUCCUCCCCUUCCCUCUAUGUACUAGCUGUUCCUCCUGGCCUCCAUGUCCUUCCUCCCCACCCUCAUCUCCUUCACUCUGAUUGGAUGCCGCUGCUGGGACAAUGAGACGAUAAUGAAUGAAAACUGUGUCAAGAUUGUUUCUAAAAAAGACACUGAAUGAGGGUUGUACAGAUGAUGGAUGGUCGUAUGAGUGGCGUAUUAGUUUUUGCCUUGGGUGUGGGGUUGGAUGGGUAUUUAAUAAUUUGUAUGAUGUUAUUAUUGGCCUGGUGUCUUCACACACCCCCUCCACUGUUGUUCUGCACUGGGAUUUACUGAGAGUGGAUCAUGUUUAUGAUCUUGGAUGUUAAAUAGGACGACUGUGGGAUGAGUGUCCCACCUAUGGGGCACACUGGGUUGUAUAUUUCUACAGUGUACAGGAUGGUAUUUGUAUAAAUAUAACAAGAAGAUAUGAUUAUCAUUGGAAAAUGUUAGACCUUGAGAAGAUGUAUUAACACUAUGGUGCACUUUUGAUACCGUUUUGUAGGUGUUGGCAAGUUUAAUGUGAGGGUUUGCUUAAAAAGGCCUGUUGUGAAGCGAUUAUUUUCUGUUUUAAAGAAAAAGAAAUAAAGCCAGUACGAUUGAG